AGCUAUCUGGCCCGUCCAAGAAAUUAUAAGUUAAAAUAAUCCCACCCAUUAUCAAGUUCAUAGAUUUUCCGAUCAAAACAAUUUUCGCUCCGUUUCGCUCUCGUUUUGCUCCCGUUUUGCCUUUCCAGCAUAAUAAUCACAAUCCAGCAUGGGUUACGAAGACAAUCCGUACCGCGACGAGGACGGUGAAGCGUUGAUGGACUACGACGACAUUCAAUCCGAUCGUGAUCAAUCACCGGAGCCACAACAGCUUGACGAUUUCGAGGAAGACGUCGACGAUUGGCAUGGUCAAGAACGAUCGCAGACUCCGGUCUACGACAACAAUCCGGCCAAAUCGAAGCCAAGAAAGAGGCUGGUUAAGAAGAGCGACACCGUGAAACAGUCGGUGGCUGCGCCGGAUCUUGAAGACGAGUUGGAGGAGGAUCGGUUUCCAGAUGAGGGGGAGGAAGGGAGGAAGAGGAAGAAGGGGAAGGAUAGUGGAUCUGGAAAGAGAGAGAAGAGGCUUAAAGGGGAAAAGAUAAUUGGAAACAGCAGUGGAAAAAGUGGGUCCAAAUUUGGGGGUUCCAAGAAAGGGUUGGGUGGUAAGGCUGGAAAUGAUCAUGAUGGUGAAGUUAAAGAAAUGUGGGAUACAAUUGCGGGAGGAGAUUCUGAGGAUGAUCACGAGGGGGUUAGGAAUCUGGAUGAUGAUAACUUUAUAGAUGACACUGGAGUGGAGCCUGCUUUGUAUGGUUAUGAUGAACCGCAUUCUCCUGGUGAUGCUCCCCAGGCGGAGGAAGGCGAGGAGGAUGAUGAAAUCAAGGAUCUAUUCAAGAUGGGUAAGAAAAAGAAGAAGAAUGAGAGGAGUCCUGCAGAAAUUGCUUUAUUAGUUGAGAAUGUCAUGGCUGAGCUUGAGGUUACAGCAGAAGAGGAUGCUGAACUUAAUAGACAGUCCAAGCCUGCUAUUAAUAAACUCAAGAAGUUGCCUCUUCUUACAGAAGUCCUCUCAAAGAAACAGCUUCAACUAGAAUUUUUGGAUCAUGGAGUGCUAACUUUAUUGAAGAAUUGGCUUGAGCCACUUCCUGAUGGAAGUCUGCCGAAUAUUAACAUACGCACAGCAAUUUUGAAGAUUUUGAAUGAUUUUCCUAUAGACCUAGAGCAGUAUGAUAGAAGAGAACAGCUGAAGAAAAGCGGUCUUGGAAAGGUUAUUAUGUUUUUAUCAAGGUCUGAUGAAGAAAUCAAUGUAAAUAAGAGAUUAGCUAAGGAUUUGGUUGAUAAAUGGAGCCGACCUAUAUUUAAUAAGAGUACGCGGUUUGAGGACAUGCGAAAUGUUGAGGAUGAUAGGGUUCCUUACCAGAGGCCAUCAGUUAAAAAGCCAGCAAAUAAAUCUGCAGGGAUGCAAUCUAGAGAUGGUGACCUUGAUUUGGAUCUUUCACAGCCUAGGUCUGGACAGUCCUCUUCCAGGCAACUCACAUCAAGGCCAGAAGCAACACCUUUGGAUUUUGUGAUCCGCCCCCAAUCUAAAAUUGAUCCUGAUGAAAUUAGAGCACGGGCAAAACAAGCAUCUCAGGACCAGCAGCGUAUGAAGAUGAAUAAGAAAUUGCAGCAGUUGAGGGCACCAAAAAAGAAGCAGCUUCAGGCCACAAAGCUGAGUGUGGAAGGUCGUGGCAUGGUCAAAUAUUUUUAAACGUGACUAAUACUGGAUGGAUUUGUCAGUCUGGCAAGCUUGAUAUGAUGUGCAUCCUUAAUGUGUGAAUCGCUGUACUGAAUAUAUAGCCAGUUAAAUUGAAUUUUGAUGGGGAUGUCAUCAAAAUACACCUUUGUACUGAAUUUAUUGUGUAUUCAUGAAUCGCAAUAGUAAAGCCAAGUUAUAUUGGUCUAUUAUUUACGUUUUUAUGUUUUUUAUUA